AUGAGUACCAAUCUGAAAAUCUCAGCCUUGCAGAGUGUAGUUACUGGGGUGGAAUGGUGCUGGCUGGAGUUUGCCUCUUUCGGCCCAGCUCAGCCUCCCCUUUUCGAAAGGCACGCGAGAGGCCUAUUUCCGCUGGUUGUACGCCUUCUAAUUCGGCACAACGACUAUCAAGAAUCUGGACCGAAACCCCUUGGAACCGUUGUUCUUGUUUUCCAACCAGCUGAAGAAGGAGGUGGAGCAAAGAAGAUGAUCGAAUAUGGAUCUAUCGAUAAUGUCCAGGCAAUAUUCGGCCUGCAUAAUGACCCUCUUGUGCCUCUCGGUCAGGUGGCGUGCAGGCCUGGUCCGAUCGCUGCUGGCAGUGGCAGGUUUCAAGCUGAGAUAAGUGGCAAAGGCGGCCACGCAGCCAUUCCUCAGCAUGCAAUCGACCUCAUACUAGCUGCUUCGAAUGUGAUAGUCAGCUUACAACAGCUCGUCUCCCGGGAAUCUGAUCCUCUUGACUCUCAGGUGGUUACAGUUGCUAAAUUCCAAGGAGGAGGCGCAUUCAAUGUCAUUCCGGACUCGGUUGCCAUUGGUGGCACGUUUCGUGCCUUUUCAGUGAAGAGCUUACUGUAUCUGAAGCAGAGGAUCGAGGAGGUCAUUGUCGGGCAAGCUGCUGUGCAAAGAUGCAACGCGAUUGUCACCUUCAACAAUGAAGACAUGCCCAUGUAUCCCCCUACCGUUAAUGACAAAGAGCUCCACAAACACUUCCAACGAGUUGCAGUCGACAUGCUUGGCACUUCCAAAGUUACAGAUUACAAUCCUGUGAUGGGAGGAGAGGACUUCUCCUUUUACCAGGAGAGGAUACCCGGUUACUUCUUUAUACUCGGAACAAAAGACGAGGCAGCACAGGAACGGCCAGCUCUGCUACACUCGCCCUACUACAAUUUCAACGAGUACUCGCUUCCUGUUGGUGCUGCCCUACAUGCGUCACUGGCUGUUAGGUACCUUCUUGAGAGCCAGACGGGAAAUCCUACUGGUAAUGAACAUCGCCACGAUGAGCUGUGAUCUAUGUCGAUGAGUCGCAUACAAUCUCGGUCUGAGUUUUCGGCUAGAAGAUGCAAGAUUAUAGCCUUGUUUUGAGUCAUUGUGUAAAUUUGUGAUAUUAGGAGUGUUUGAUUAGUUGCUGCAUAAAAUUUGUGGCUAAUUAUGAAUUCAAAACAUGUAUAGGCUGAGAAAAGAAACCAUGGAUAACAUAAUACGAAUAAAUGCAACUUAGUUGGUAAGACGUUUCCUCAUUGGUUCAGAAUUACUUCAAAGAUGAUCUGUUCAGUUCAUGUAAAUAAUGAUUAUUGAUAUUUAGUCAAGAAACCAACUUAGAAAAAGUUCAUGUAUAAAUUGAUAUUUAGGGAAGAAUAAACUUGAAAAAAGUUGAUAAAAGUGAAUUAAUCAAGGUGUUCAAUCAAAAUAAAUUUAAUUUUCUUACAUUGUCUUUUGCCAAAAAAAAAAUUUAACUCUCUUAUGUGAAUUAUAUCGCAUCAAAAUGAUCACGAGUAACGGCGGAUCCAAGAAAUGAAAUUAGUAGAGUUGGAAAUUUCAUUCGCUUUUAUAUGAAACAAAAUAAAUUUGAGCAAAAAAUGAAAAAAACUUUGAAAAUGGAAAAACGUAAACAAA